AUGGACGGAUCCAACGAGAGCGCUGAGCAUGAGACGUUGAUGCAGUUGCUCAAGCUGUUCGAGCGAAAUAAUCCAAAUUGCUAUGGUAAUGUUGAUAUCACCGAUGGCAUCAUUACCAGGGUGUUUUUUGGCCUUCCUCACGCAAAGGCAGUGGUGGAAAUGGGGGGACCGAUUGCGGUGGAGGCGCGGUUUGGCUCACAAACAAAUGGGGGAGUGUUUAUCGCCACCGUGCCUACUCCGAAAAAUGAGCCUCUUCCUAUAGCGAUCGCCUUUGCUCAACAAGAAACUGAUGAAAACUGGCAGUGGGUGUGGUCUAACCUCGCUCAGUGUGUGCCUCACGUGACCAAAGUUCGGAGGAUAGCAAAGCCAGCAGUGUACCCUAUUUUAAGCAAACAAUUCUCCGAGGGGGAUAAUGGCGUGUGUCUGGUCUACUUGAGCCAGGAUAUGCUUGCACAGAAAGCCAUCACUGCUCAGGAUCUUCCCCAGUUUAAACAGGCGGUGGCUAGCGACGGUACCACCAAAUUGCAAGAAGAAGUGGCCAAGCUUCCGUCAUCGGCACAGCAGUACCUUGCUCAGUAUCCACCGUCAGCUUAUGGGGGCCAUGGUAAUCUGUGGAAUAACGUCAGUGGCUCUAGCAAGUAUCUUACUCGCAUUUUGGGCGACGCCGACUACGUGCCGUGGGUGAUUGUGACUAAUAACAUGUUGGAAGACCUUCAACGCCAAGCCCCCACCCUCGUGUAA